GUGAUUGAGUGUUAUGUGCAAGUUAUGUCCUAGGUUGCGACGGGUUUUGGACCCACUUUUAUUAUUUUGUAUAUUUUGGUUUUCGGAGUUUUGUGAGCAUUUAUUAAACGACUCCGUUUAUACCAAGUUCGUUCUCCUGCGCCCGACUUCCCUGCCACCAACACGCACCCAUUACAUGCCUGAAUACCUUCCGAAAGCACUGUAUGCACUUGCCGGCUAUUGGAAACCCUGCACUAUUGUCACUAUGUGUAGACAGUUGACUGGUAGACUAUAUUGACCUGUGGUAUGGUACGCGCGCUGAAAAGCGUAGUGCACAAGGGAAGAACCAAAACACCUUGAUAGGGAACGCGCAUGCAAGCAGAUGAGGACAUUAAUGUAAAACCUGCAAAAUGAGGCUACUGUUUGGCCGUAGCCCACGCCAAAUAAAUGAAGGAUACCCCACAAACCAACCGGGACCUUCUCUUGGAGCCCAGAUGUAAGAGAGAGAACAAUGGCUAAAUCUGGUCAUAACUUCCAAUGCUCCAUCCCCCUGCCCAACCCCCCUCCACGCCACUCCGCCAACCGCCAGGAUGCCCAGCAUCAGAACAUUCCAGGCAUUCCCGUGAUUGGCAGAUAGCAGGUUGAUUGGCAUGUCGGACACCGCGAACACUGAUAAAAUGAAUCUGUCAGAUGCUCUGGGUGGUGGACCGGGCUGUCCAGGCCAGAACAACCAGCAGGGUGGCGGGGGCGUGUGGCCUGGUGGACAACCCAACCAACCAACAUGGCCAGGACAGCCUGGUGUUCAACCGGCUUGGCCUGGUCAGCAGCAACCAGGCCAGCCCACCCCCAUGUGGCCUGGACAACAACCAAACCCUUCCCAACCCUCAUGGCCGGGGCAACAAUAUGGAGGUGGAGUACAGCCCAGCCAGCCAACCUGUCCUGGACAACCAGGGGGAGGACCGCCCAGCCAGACAACAUGGCCAGGGCAGCCUAGCCAACCUACUGCUCCUCAACAUCAUUCACUGAAAGUGCCAUAUGUUCAGAACCUGCCAAACGGAUGCUAUGACGAGAUGGUCAUCACCAUUAUCGGGACAAUUAACCACAAUGCCAAAAUGUUCACAUUGAACCUGACCAAAGGGAAUGACAUUGCCAUGCACAUUAACCCUCGCUUUGAUGACCAUGGCAAGAAAAUUAUUGUGAGGAACAGUCUGAUUGGCAAUAAAUGGGGCAAAGAGGAGAGAGGACACAACCACUUCCCCUUCACUCAGGGCCAGCCCUUUGAGAUGAAAAUCAUGUGCACUAACAAUGAGUUCAGGGUGGCAGUGAAUAGCUCUCACCUCCUGGAGUUCAAACACCGCAUCCGUGACCUCGACUCAAUCAAACACCUGGGUAUCUACAAUGACGUCACCCUCACGUCUGUGGAGAUCAAUGACUUUAUCUAGCAGGUUUGGUUCCAGCCAUAGAAAUAGAAUGACUAGCAUGGCCUAGCCUCAAGUUAUUUAUGAUUCCAAAGACUUCCCUUAAUUGUCUAUAAACAGAAAAGUACAGUAGCUUGACUCCAGCUUUAAUUAAGCCACUAGGACUGUCACAUUCUGUACUAGGCCGGUCUGUUCUGUUAAAAUAUAUUUUGAUAAGUGAAAUUCAUACGUUGGUCUUCAAGUAAUUUGUGUAAGCUGGUAAUGUAUAGACUGUAUGCAAUAAAUGUGGUGUUGGCAGAUUUUUCUCCAUGUAAAGACAAUA